UUAGAACAUCUUGACGGAUGAUUACUCACACACUGAAUCUUGAUUUCAUGGUCAACCGUUGCUAGCCAGUCGUUGAUUGUUUCUCAGUCCCUUGAACUUGGUCAUUAUUAGUGUUAAUCCCAUUGACAUUUGACGUUCGAACUGGCGCUUGUUCUUGGGUUCCUCGUUCAUUUGAUUUCGCGGUCACAACGUUUCUACCCGCCAUCACUGGAGCUACCAAUUGUCCAACUCCCGUUUCAAAUAUCAAUAUAGUUUACCCGAACGAUGGCGACCUCGCGCACGUACCCUCCUCCAGUCAAUCUAAAGGAACGUAUUGCUGCCCUCCAGCAGAGAAAUGUCUCCCCAAGUCAACAGCAAACUUCUCAAUUCAUUUCAAAGAACCUCCCAAGUAGUGGAACCGGAUGUUUGCGCGAUAAAAUCGCCAAAUUUGAGGAGAAGGGAGGCAUCCCUGUUCCACGAGGCAGCUUCGGUAUGGGUGCACCUCAGUUGGCAGAAAACGCACCAGCAAAGAAGCGUGGAGAGUUGUAUGGGAAUCGAGUGCAAAACAUGGGGAAACCAGGCGGCUCGCCAUCGAGUCGCUCUGGCUCACCCCUCCCCACAGUGGACGACUUGCCCUUACCUUUGCCAAGAAAACGUUGUGUCUCUACCGGGGGUACACUCUUGAAAGGCACUCCUCCGAGAUUUAAAACUGGGGAACCUGUUCCGCCGCUUCCAUCAACACCGUCGCCGAUUCUUCCUGUUGCGCGUCGCAACUCCCUAGCAGUUAAUUUUGGCCCUGCUCCACGUGUCGUAAGCCUCGGGGAGGUGUCGCGACAGGCAGAUAAAGACCCAGAAUCACCCUCACCCUCGCCUUCUCUGUCUACUUCUCCUUCGUUGGAAGUAAGAGACCCUGCUGGAAUUAUAGCCCCGUCCCAGACCCUUGAACCCGUCACCUCCUCGGAUGAUGCGCUUCCCCAAGAUAUGGAUGCACCACCAGAGGCAGAACAGGAACCAGCGGUACUAGAGAUUGGCUUGCAGGCCGACUCUCAUUCAGCGCCUGCAAUAGCAUUGGACAUCGUAGCGUCAUCUCAGUCCUCGCUAGAAGUCGUAACUGUCGUGGAGGUGACUUCCGCUGCCGAGACUGGUCAGGCUACCGAUCCCGAGUUGGACGAGAAGCUUCAAUCAUCAUAUCAUCACCCACUGUCAAUAGAUGCGUCCGUGACCGACUCUCAGCCUUCGGAAGCCGCCCUUCCUGACUCGCCUUCAACUAUUUCGCAUUCGCUCGUCGCCCCCAAUUCGGUUACCGAAGAUGACCCGGUAUUGGCACAUCUCCUCACAUCUACGGGGUCCGGUGAUGCCGAUGACAAGGAGAAUGACGACGUAGCCACACCAUUACUGGCAUCUGUAUCCCCUCCUGCUGAGGAACGUGGGUCCAUCUCUAUAAUCGUGCAUCAUCCAAAUAUCCAAGUACAACCCAGCCUCCCAUCACCUGAUUUAGAGAUAGAGGCUGCUAAACCUGAAGUCAAGCGCUCUUUCACUGCUGUAGUACAUCACAAGGUCACAAAAAUGCCCGCUGCCACAGCACCGAGUUCUUCCCUUUCCACACCUAUGACACCACAAGCUGCGCGAGUGCGACAGACAGGAAUCACUAUCACCACCGAGUCGCUUUCGAGUCCGGGCUAUGGGGAACUCGCUGUCCUACUAGAAGAAGCAGCAUUGCUUGAGAUGAAACUAACCGAGGGUGGUGGUUCAGAGGCAGUAGAAGCUGCGCUUCCCAAAACCCCAACCUUGGACACUUUCGCAACUGACAUUCGGUCUGUAUCUUCUUCAACACUCACAGAACACGUCAAAGCUCCAUCCACGGAAACUGCCUCCCUUUCAGAGCGUUCUAUGUCUAUCCCAUCCAUCCGAGAACCUAACAUGGAUGGGGACAUUCCCGAGGAGGACGAGGGUGACGGGAGGAGUCUGGCUUCUACAUCUGCGUCACAACAAUCUCCUUCACAUAAGAGAUAUCUCUCGAGUAUUAGGCGACUGGCUACUCGUCGUUCGUCGAACCAUAUGCCCGGGGCGUACCCUCGGGAUAGUAUUUCGACAUGCUCUGAGGACUCCGUUCCGGUCGCGACACCAUCUGAUCAUGGAGAUGGAUCAGGUUUUGGUAUUGCAUGGCCAAGCGUAUCUCCGAAGAAAGGCAGCAUAGGAAAGUCUAGCUCGUUUGCGGACAAAUUGUUCAACCGCAACAGAACCAAGUCGAACGUCAGCAUAGUGGAGACAGACCAAGGCUCGAUAUAUAACUCGCCGAAGAGGUCGUUUAUAUUAUCCCAACCCCCGACCUCAUCCCCAGCUAAAAGCUCUCCAGGUCGUCAUGCCAAUGAAUUGUCCGGCUCUCGUCCAUCACACUGGAUAGUCUCCCGGGACUCGUCAUCUUCUCGUGCUCCCAGUAUCCUUGAGAAGGAAAUCUUUGAUGAAUUUCCCUCUGUUCCACAGACACUUCCUCCGGGACCGCUUCACCUGUCUCCAGAUCUUUCGGGAGCUGCAGUUCGUCACGUGUCAACUCUCCCAGUCAAGGUUCGGAAACACUCGCAACAAGGGUUAUCCAUAGUUUGACCUGCUUCAUCUUGAGUACCGAAGGAGAUAGCUAGCCUCUCUCAUAUGUUUGUUUUCGUUGGCCUUCUUGCUAUCUUUCAGCAUCGUUUCAAAUUGACAUAUAAUUUUGCUAGUAAAUUUGAGUGUGCAUAGUCUUUAUAUGCUUCAAUAUUAAUAUCGUAACGACGCCAGCCCGGACUCUGACUUAUUCCUGGCAUGUUUUGUAACCAUCGAAUUGAAUGCAAACUAGUCAUUUCAUUUCAA